AAUACUCCAAAUAAGGGAAGUGGGUGGAUCUAUCGGCCUUGGCAAUAAUAAUAAGUCAUGGCUGCUCCAUCUAUGGAGGAUGUCUUGUUUGGUGAUGUCCGUGUCAAGAGAAGCAAGGUGGCUAAACUACAGGUUGAAGGAGACCUAGAGGCUCUGUUUGUCAGCACAGAAUAUGAUGACAGGGACCUCCUCGUAACACUCACCGACUGUGAGCGAGCUUGGAAUGGAUGUCUCACACACACUCAGCUCUCUGAUCUAGCCAGCAAAGCUAAUCUGGAGCGAGCCGAGUACGUGAAGAUGACUUUGAAUGCAUUGAACGGUUCCACAGACACUCCGUGUGUGUGUGCAGUAUCUCUACGAGGAGCUGCUCUUAAGUUAAGCUGGAAGAAGCUACUCAAGGAUGGUGUCCGUUUUGAGCUGGGAUCGAUGACUCUUAGUCGGCAGGAGGCAGUUAAAGAGGUUCAAUGUUCUUUAUUGGAUUUCCUAGUAGAGCGAGUGAAUGACCUGCAGAACGAGAUGGGCCAGUUGAAAGAUGCAAACGUUCGAUUGGACAGAGAACACAGAAGUGCACUCUCAAGACUUGAAGCUAAUGUGCAACUCAAGGAAUCGAUUGAAAACGAUUUGUUUGGCAAAUUCCGAUUGAUCCUCAACAGCAAAAAGGCAAAAAUCCGUCAUUUAUUAGAGGCAAGGCCUGAAGUGUCUGCUGAAGGUAGUGAUGACGAUUCCCUUGAAAACCAAUUACCAUCACCACCAGAAAAGAAAGGGGAGGAGUUAGCCCCCUCCCCAAAGAGAGCUGCUCCAGUUAAAAGACGCAAGAGAGUGGCUGCCAGUCGAUCUUCCUCUGUUCCUGAACCACCGAUCAUCGAGCGACGAACAAGAACACCCAGCGAAGGAGAGGCAAUGGAGUCCGACAAACUAUUAGAACUGCUAUAAAAUUAUGUUCUCGUUUAUACUAGACAUUCUACAGUUGUUCAUUUUGUCUAUUAGAACAAUAUUAAAUUGGUAAAGGUAAAAUUAAUGAUCAUUUUUAUUUAAUA